AAAAAACUUCAGCGAUUGUGAAAUGGAGGUCCUGCUAGCUGAAAUAGAGGCCAGGAAAAAUGUUUUAUUUGGCAACCUAGGAAGCGGCAUCAGCAACAAAAGGAAAGUGAUGGAGUGGCAUAGCGUGGCGGACGCAGUCAAGAGUGCUGGGGCAGAAGAUCGUACUGUGAGCGAAUUAAAAAAGAAGUGGUCAGACAUCAAAGUUGCCGUGGCAGCUCAUCGUCUGCAUGUUAGCUCCACUGGAGGAGGUACUGAACUCCCGGAGCUCACACCAUUUGAACAGCGAGUUGCAGCAAUAAUUGGCGACACACUCAUUGUCGGCAUUCUACCUGCGGGUGAGGGAGAUUCUGACAUCACCGCAGGUGCCGACAACAAUAGUACAAAAGCUGACCCAAAUGAGGAGAACAUGGUUCCAGGCGAUGAUGGUGCUGCUUCUGUGCCGACCACAUCUUCGGGCGCUGGCUGCUCACACACUCCUGCUUCGGAAACUGGUGGACGAUCAUCUGGCCGUGUACUCACUGAUGCAGUCCUAGAAUCACAAAAUGCAUUGGUGGAUGCGGUGAGAGAUGUGGCCAGUGCACAACGGGAUGUAGCCAAUGAACUAAGAAAUAUCAAGGCCGUAUUGCAUGACAUUAGCGAAAAAUUAACUGUAUUUGGUAGGAAAAUAAAUGAUGAAUCUACUUACCUGUUUUUACAUUCUGUUAACUACAUUCAUUCGACAUUGUAA